AUGAAUAUAUUUCUAUUAAAAGUUCUAUUAAAAGUUAUAAAUAUUAUUCUUUUAAUUAUUACAGUAAAGAUUUAUUUAGAAUUUCCAGAUCAUGUCUUUAAUGAAAUUCAAUCUCUUCGAGAGAAUUACUUUGAAUAUUAUGUAACCAAUGCCAAAAAUCCCCACAAUAAACCACUCUCUAUAGAAUAUCAUAAUCUUUGUUACUACUCAGUCAUUAUGUACUCUGUCUUGUUGCUUUGUUACAUCAAAACAAUUCUACCAAUUAAAUUCUACUUUAAAAAGAGAGAAGAGGAUGAAGGAGUGGCCAGUGUAGAAAGUAGCAUUAGUUCAAGUGGAUAUCAACAAACCUCUUUGUACAAAGCAUCUUUGGUCAGUUUUGGAAAAUAUGGUGAACUGACUUAUCAAAACAACUAUAUAGCAUUGAGAAACCAAUACUUGUACAUGAUGGCCGAUCUUAUAAUAGUGCUCAUUUCAUUCUUCGUUGUUAUCGUCCUACAAUUUGACUACAGUCAUCUUGGUAGCUUUGAAUGUGUAUUUAUAGAUACAGUACUGAUGAGCACCCCAUGUUUUAUUAUCCAAAGAGUGUUUUUAUUAUUUGUAAUCAAUUUUACACUCUCAGUAAUAAAUAAUAUUAAAGAGAAUCCAUUCAAAGACAAUAAUAAUAAUAAUAACUCAAUAGUAAAUGAAGAAAAGAAAGAUAAUUAA